GCCUACCUAGUCGGCGAGGAAAACAAACAUGGCGUCGCAGUACUAUCAAGACAUGCAAGAGAACUUCAAAAAUAACAAUAAAAGUCGUGAGUUUCCAGCGCACAGUGCUAAAGUUCAUUCAGUUGCUUGGAGCUGUGACGGAAGGAGACUCGCGUCAGGGUCUUUUGACAAAACAGCGAGUGUUUUCGUGUUAGAAAAAGACCGAUUGGUCAAGGAAAACAACUACAGGGGCCAUGGCGAUAGUGUCGAUCAGUUGUGCUGGCACCCGACCAACCCUGACCUGUUCGUCACGGCUUCUGGAGACAAGACAAUCAGGAUCUGGGACGUCAGGACCACAAAAUGCAUCGCAACUGUCAGCACGAAAGGUGAGAAUAUAAACAUAUGCUGGAGCCCUGAUGGACAGACAAUAGCUGUUGGAAACAAAGAUGACGUGGUCACUUUCAUCGAUGCAAAAACUCACCGCUCCAAGGCCGAAGAACAGUUCAAGUUUGAGGUCAACGAGAUCUCCUGGAAUAACGACAACGACAUGUUUUUCUUGACAAACGGAAGUGGCUGUAUCAAUAUUUUGAGCUAUCCUGAGCUGAAGCCCAUCCAGUCCAUCAACGCCCACCCCUCCAACUGCAUCUGCAUCAAGUUUGACCCCACGGGGAAGCACUUUGCCACGGGCAGCGCAGACGCCCUAGUCAGCCUGUGGGACGUUGAAGAGCUGGUGUGUGUCCGCUGCUUCUCACGGCUGGACUGGCCCGUGAGGACCCUCAGCUUCAGCCACGAUGGGAAGAUGCUGGCCUCAGCCUCCGAGGACCACUUCAUCGACAUUGCAGAGGUCGAGACAGGUGAGAAGCUGUGGGAGGUGCAGUGUGAAUCCCCAACGUUCACGGUUGCCUGGCACCCCAAGCGCCCUCUACUGGCGUACGCCUGCGACGACAAGGAGGGCAAGUAUGACAGCAACAGAGAAGCUGGCACCGUCAAGCUCUUCGGACUGCCAAACGACUCCUGAACAAUGAGGCCCCCCCACCGUCUGACACACACACACACACACACACACACACACACACACACACACACACACACACACACACACACACACACACACACACACACACACACACAGUCACUGUCCGUCAUACGAGUCUCUCUCUCUCUCUCUCUCUCUCUCUCUCUCUCUCUCUCUCUCUCUCUCUCUCUCCCUCUCUCUCUCUCUCAAUCUCUCUCUCUCUCUCUCUCUCUCUCUCUCUCUCUCUCUCUCUCUCUCUCUCCCUCUCCCUCCCUUGUGCUCUCUCACACACUCACACUUUCAACCCCACUCUCAAACACACUCUACAAACAGCCUUUGUUUUUAUGGCAGCCCAAGUAAGUAACAAAUUGACAAUGCACACACACUCCCCUGCAAUGGCUUAUUACAUCAGUCUGUCUCCAAGGCCUUGGCUAGCCUUAGACCACAGAACACCACUAACAAUGUGUUCUCUCAUAGCCACCUGGGAUAGGGUAGUCAAAUAAAGGCAUCAAGAUGAUCAUUCUUUCCCACUAUCAUGCUAUAAUGAUACCGUUAUGGUUCUGGAUUCAGUAUAGCUUGUUGAGCCUGUCAGUGUGUAUGUAUAGAUUGUUUUUAUUACUUAUUUGAAAGUGCUGUGAGUUGCCAACCGAUAUCUUUUGUCAGCUGUGGAGCCUUCACUAGAUUUGUUCAGUGUUGUAUAUUCCUUUGGUGAGCAAAUAUAGUGUUUAGCCCACUCCAAGCACCAUGCUUUUCUCUUCUUCUUUCUUCUUCUUUCUCUUUCUUAUUUUGUUUGUGUUUUUUGUGAGCUUCACUAGUAUUUAUAGGCUUGUGAAGGUAGAGACAGAUUGUAAUGUCCAAUAAAGUCAUUCAUUUGUUUACCUGCAGGGGGUGAUAUUGUACAUGUUAUUUGAAUUGUGUCUACAAACUGCAUUCCGUUGUGGUUCUCCUUUUUAGAAGGAAGAGGGCGGUAUAAAGCUGUUUUAGAUUUUGUACCAUUUUGCUGUUUUGAUAAUAAAAAUAUUUUUAAACUGUA